AUGGAUGAGGUUGGCAGCAUCAUAGGAAAGAAAGGAGAGACUGUGAAACGAAUACGAGAAGAGAGCAGUGCUCGGGUCAACAUCUCAGAGGGCUCCUGUCCAGAGAGGAUCAUCACCAUCACUGGCUCCACAGACAGCGUCUUCAGAGCUUUCACCAUGAUCACAUACAAACUGGAGGAGGACCUGACUGCACUGGUGGCCAACGGCACCAUCAGCUCCAAGCCACCAGUCACCCUGCGGCUGGUCAUCCCUGCCAGCCAGUGUGGCUCUCUCAUUGGGAAGGGAGGGGCCAAGAUAAAGGAGAUCAGAGAGAGCACCGGAGCUCAGAUACAGGUGGCAGGGGAUUUGCUGCCCAACUCUACUGAACGAGGGGUGACGAUAUCUGGAAAUCAGGAAUCGGUAAUCCAGUGUGUCAAGCUCAUCUGCACAGUAAUCCUGGAGUCUCCUCCAAAGGGUGCCACCAUCCCCUAUCGACCAAGCCCCUCACCAGCUGCCCUUCUUAUCGCAGGGAACCAGGUGUUUGAGGCAUCAGAAUUUGCACCACACCCUCUGUACUCAGUCACCCAGGGUGGCCUAGACCUUCAGCAGGCUUACACUUUGCAAAACCAGUAUGGCAUUCCACACUCAGAGCUGGCCAAGCUACAUCAGCUGUCAUUGCAGCAAGGCCUGAGUCCCAUUGCCCAGCCUGCUUCAACUAUCAUACCUGGGAUGGACUCAAACUCCCAGACAUCUCAGGAGCUUCUUAUUCCCAAUGAUCUGAUUGGAUCGAUCAUUGGCCGUCAGGGUACUAAGAUCAACGAGAUCAGACAAGUGUCAGGAGCUCAGAUCAAGAUCGGCAGCCAGCUGGACGGGACAAGUGACCGUCAUGUCACUAUCACAGGAACACCAGUCAGCAUCAACUUGGCCCAGUACCUCAUUACCUCCUGUUUAGAGACAGCCAAAUCCACAGCCCAGGCAGCCACCAUGGCAACUCCGGUCGACCUCAACAUGGCCUUCACCCAACCGACCUCCCCAGCUGCCUCCUCUGCACCCACCCUGGCCGCAGUAGGAGCCCUGACCCCAGCUCAUAUGCUGGGCACCCCAUAUGGUGCUGUGCCCCUGUCUGGCCUGCUGGGGAUGAAGUCUGUCCCCUUUCUGACUCUGUCCAGCCCUGCCCCCACCGUGGCUGUCACUGCAGCACCUACCCACACCACUCUGGCAGCCUACACUGCUAAAAUCUCCUCGGCCAACUGCAUCAAAAAGCCAGAGAGACAGAAAUUUGCUCCCUACUGAUGUAGUGUUCAUCUCCAGGUCCAGGGACAGCUGUGCAGUGUUUCCACAAACACCUGAUGUAGCCAUAUCCUCUGGCAGAGAUGCUCACGACUUUUAUUCUGUGAUGCACCAACAGAGAAGAGACCAAUGGAGAUGUGGAUACAGCUAUUCAAAGUUACUUACAGUUAUAGAUAAUUUGUGAAUUUCCCAUGAAUCGAUAGACUGCUGUCAUCAUCACCUCAUCACUGUUACUGAUCACUGAAAAAAAGGGCUGGAACCUCACCUGAGAAAUAUAUGUUUAAAUAACAGUUUUUACAUGUAUUUCUCAAGUUUGAGAUCAGCUACGAAUAUUUAUCCUUCAAUAAAUUUGUAAAUUAUACUCAGAUGACAAAUGCUCAACUGUAUGAUGCUUUUAUACAAUGUCUAUGUUUGCCUCUAGAAGUUUUUAAGAAAUUUGUAAAUGUCUCGGGGGAAGUUUGUUUGUUUUUUUUUAAUAAUUUGUGCUACUGUAAUGUAACUCUACUGUUCAGUAUUAUAUUAAUUUUGUUGAUUUUAUUUUGAAU